AACAAGGUAACCAUAGGGAAUCCAUUCACAAAUUAAAUAGGUGCGCUCAAAUAUAUUUUCCAAAUUGUGAAAUUGUGCACGUAAACAUGUACAAGUUUGUCUCUCGCCCUCUGCUUUGUCGCCAGUUUAGCGGCAAGGUUAAGAAGUUGUCUAGCAAACUCUCAAAUACCCAACGUCCGCCCAAGGAUCCCCCAGAUGAGGGCUACGAGCCGACGUGUAUCGAUCAUGAUGGUAUUCAAGUGUCGGAAUUUGUGAGACCAUCAGCCUUUCGGCAGUUUAGUGGCCCUGAUGAGAAGUUGGGACCAGGAGCUGGAAAAGGACUCGAAUACAAGAAUGCCCAAUAUUUUGGCUAUCAUCGAUUCUCUUUUGUUGAGCUUCAGAGUCAUGCCGUGGAGAUGCGAGACGAUCGUCGACUCAGUGGGGGCAUACAAGAUGCUAUCGAAGCGGACGAGGAGGAGGAGUGCAACGACGCCAGUGUGAAGACCAUGAAGGAAAUGGAAUCGGAAUGCGACAAGAUAAUCGCUGUUCAGGCCAAGCAGCUGGAAGAGGCCGAACAGAAGGCUAAGCAACUGGAGGCUAAGAAACAGCAGGAACUCUGCGAAGCUCAAGAGAAGAAGAAACAGGAAGAGAUGGAAUGGUGCAAGAAGAAAGCGGAGGAAACAAAGGCGGUGAAAAUCAACACAUUGCUAGAGAUGACAGAUGAGCAGCUGAAAGAGUGGUGCGAUAAGUCCCUCAAGGCACAGCUGGAGGAGAAGAAUAAGUCAGAGGAGGAAGACAAAUGUGACGCGGAGCAAAACAACAAGGAGGCGGAAAAAUGCGAAGAAGAGUGCAAGAAAAAGGAAGACGAACUAAAGAUGAUCUGUGAGGCGGAGCAAAAGAAGAAAGAAGAGGAAUUGAAGAUGAAGUGUGAAUCAGAAGAAAAUAAGAAAGAAGAGGAACUAAGGAUGAAAUGUGAGGCGGAGCAAAAGAAGAAAGAAGAAGAAGAAAUGAAGAUGAAAUGUGAGGCGGAGCAAAAGAAGAAAAAAGAGGAAUUGAAAAUGAAAUGUGAGCAAAAGAAGAAAGAAGCAGAAGAGGAAACAAAAUGUGGGAUGGGGAAUGAUAAGAAACCCACCUCUGGAGCAGAUGGAGAUGGGAGCAACAAUAAGAAAUAAACAAAACAAUUAUUAAGAAAAAAUACUUUAUAAAUUAAUUGGCAGCCAAAAGUAUGUCAAAGUUUUUAAAUAAAAUUACGGAACUACCGCUAACACCA